AUUACCCAGAAGACCCCUUGGGUCCGAGUGUCAUACCUUUACCAUUGAAGUUUGAAAAAUAUCAUCGCCUGAUACUCAGGCUAACAAAAUACAGUUGAACCUCUAACGAACCUCUAUUAAGCGGACGCGGACACAUUUCACUGACUUUUUUUUUACGCUACGGAAACUUUCUUAUAAUGAUGCCAUGGAAAACCCAAACACAGCGAGCGUCGCCGACGAGCACUUCAAUAUCGCCAGAUACGAGUGCCGUUCGCGAGGUAAUGUGAGAUGUGAAGUGUUCAGACACGUGGACACGUGAAAAGCAAACAGCAGACUUCGCCUCAAGACUUAUCUCGAAAUACACCGAUAUUAUACUCUUCGAGACGAGCCAACUCUGUUAAAAGAAGCAGAACUGAAGCUCUAGAUAUUUCUGAGCAUAGAAAUUGCAUUCAUUUUCAAGUGAAUCCCUUUUGCUGGGUGCGAAACAUCCGCAGCGGGAAAGUCGGCCAGCAUAGAAACUGAAUAUCAACAUUCGACUUCUGUUGUGAGGAAAACGGCAGCUUUGUUUAGGAGGAGCCUUAAACCGCCACAUACAGCCGCAAACUACAAGCUUAGAUACAGAAUUAUCUCAUUCUUAUGGCUACAUAAAGAACUUGACCGGCUCUCCUCUUAAAACACGUGCGUUCGGUGUCGGCUUUAGAGCGGACGUUUUAAACAGUGAACUCCCUCUCAAAUUAAGAGCAAUGUUGGAACCCCAAGAUUCCGAAUAUCUAUGGAUUGUGAUUCUAGGAUUUAUCCUAGCCUUUGUGCUAGCAUUUGGUAUUGGGGCUAACGAUGUAGCGAACUCCUUUGGGACUUCGGUUGGUUCAAAAGUACUCACGCUGAAGCAAGCAUGCAUUAUCGCAAGCAUAUUCGAAGUCGCCGGCGCUGUUCUCAUCGGGGCGCGCGUUUCUGACACUGUGCGCAAAGGUAUCAUUGACAUCAACUCUUUUAAUGGUACUGAGGAGUAUGCCAUGGUUGGCUCCCUCUCAGCGCUUACUGGCACUAGCGUCUGGUUACUGGUCGCCACAUUCUUUAACCUACCGGUGUCUGGCACCCAUAGUGUUGUUGGGGCUACAAUGGGCUAUGCUCUGGUAGCUCAGGGCCUACAUGGAGUGCAAUGGAAGACAUUUGGGAAGAUCGCUGGUUCAUGGGUCGUGUCGCCUCUUCUAUCAGGUCUCAUCAGCUCCCUCCUCUUCAUGCUUGUCAGGCGUAUCAUUCUUAGAAAGUCUGAGUCCUUUGAAGCAGGACUGAAGUUCCUCCCCCUGUUUUAUGCGUUCACCAUCACAGUUAAUUUCUUCUCUGUCUUCUACAAGGGAUCUCACAUGCUGCACUUUAACAAGAUCCCGCUGUACGGUGUUCUCAUCCUGACCUUCGGCAGCGGUAUAGUCACAGCCCUAUUUGUGCGGUUCUACCUGGUGGGGUUCAUGCGCCGCAGAAUAAUACGUGAGGUGGACCAGCUGGGUAUCGAUGUGAAAGCCAUGUACACUCCUGAUGUGGACCCAGCCGAGCUCCUUCAAAGGGUGGAAGUGAUCAUCGAAGAGAAUGAAGAUGAGGUUGAAGCAGCAGAAAAGUCAGUUGAUCCUGAGGCAAAUGGCGAUACCAGCAAACUGUCUAAUGGAGUAACGAAGCCUGCACGAGAAUUAAACUGUCAAGUGUCACACCACAGCAUCCUAUCCGGGACACCGACUGACAAAAAGCAACUGAUCCCUGAUUCCCCGCAAGAGCACUUGCAUGAACACCCCCUUGAACACCUGCAUGGGCCCUCUGACCUGAACACGUUUGAGGGACGCAAGCUGGCAAUGCAGCAUCAGUCGAUCCGGAGGCGCACCUGGUCUAUGGGAAUGCAAGACAGGACGACGGCAAGGUGCCUGAUCACUGAUGAACCCAAGACUGGUCGGUUGUUUGCCUUCCUGCAGAUCUUGACAGCUUCAUUUGGGGCAUUUGCACAUGGGGGCAACGAUGUUAGCAAUUGCAUUGGUCCGUUGAUAUCCCUGUGGACGAUUUACUGGACUGGAGAGAUAGCUCAGAAAGUUGCUAUCCCGGUCUGGAUUCUUCUCUACGGAGGAGUCGGCAUCUCCAUCGGGCUCUGGGUUUGGGGUAGGCGUGUCAUCAAGACUGUGGGAGAGGACCUUACGCCCAUCACUCCGUCAAGUGGUUUUACCAUUGAGAUUGGCUCAGCGCUCACCGUGCUUUUGGCCUCUAACCUUGGCAUCCCCAUCAGCACCACCCAUUGCAAGGUGGGGUCGGUCGUCAUGGUUGGGCGUGCCCGCUCUAGGGAGGUAGUGGACUGGAAGGUCUUCCGCAAUGUCGUCCUGGCAUGGAUUGUCACCAUGCCUGUUGCAGGUGCUAUUUCAGCUGCUGCUUAUGCGGCACUGCGUGAGAUUCUAUAGUGAUGUCCCAAGUUUAGUAAGCCAAGCACUGGUUUUGUUUUAGCAGGGGCUUUUAUAGUGCAUUUUACAUGCAUUAGCCUACGUGUAGCCGCUGACUCGCGAAAAUAUACUCUCGUAGCGUCUACGAAACGGCGGCGAUAAUCGUGUUCUGUGACGCCAUUGUAAUAAUUUUGAAUGAAUUAAUUUUGACAGCCGUGCAUGGGUUUUUUCUUAUUCAGCGCGCGAAACACGUUCAGGUUUUGUCCUGCAAAAAAAAACAUUCCAACAUCGCCUUAUAAUGCUGCUACUUUCCAAUCGCACAUUCCUUUGUUUCAAUUUUGCUAAUGUAUACCUGCACUCUUUGUUAUUGGUAAAUGAGAAAGAUUACGAACGGUAUCUCGUGGAUAGCAAGCACUCCUCGACUUUCAGCGUUCGAAGUGAACUUGAGCUUUUAGAUUUCUGUGUACAUAACACAAACGCAUACAUAUGCAGGAGUUGCCCUAAUCUGCUGCUUAAAAGUUGAAAUUUGGUGAAAAAAAACCUACCCUCUUUAGAUAGCACUUUGGAAAAUAACUAAAAUAACGAAAUUGCUUGGUAAAUGAAAGACUUUGCGUGUAGCCAGUAGGAAGUCUCACAGAGACAUCGGCACCAUCGUUUAGAAAAGCAGAGAUAGGUUUCUCUUGUUCUUUGUGUGGUUUCUCUAUCCCAAAUAACGUUGACUAAAGGCUGUGGCUGUUUUUCUCCAUAUUUGAACCGCUCGAUAAACUCACACCGGAAACAGCGGGAACUCAUAAUGUCAACUUCUGAUCUGAGCCAAUCAAAAUAUCCAAGAGAACUUGCUAAGUGAAGUGGCCAAUCAGAGACUAGGUUUUCCUUUUAAAGGAGUGACGUCACGGAACACGAUUAUCGCCGCCGUUGCGUAGACGCUACGAGGGUAUAUUUUCGCAAGUCAGUGGCUACAUGUAGGCUUCAGGUGUAUAUGCAUCAGUGGUUGAUUUAAAGAAAAACUUGUUUUUACCUCAGUUGCAUCCAAAAGGUCAGGUUGUUGUAUUGAUGAUGUAAAUGUGAUAUUGCAGAAUGCAAGUACAUUCUUGUCAAUCUGCCACUCUGGGAUGAUUCGUGUCUGUAGGGGAAUUUUGGAUGGCUUUUACAAUGUUUUGAGAUGAAUCCUCAAUCAAGAAAAUAAUAGCUUAGUCCCAACUCUCGAUACAGUUUGAUUUCUCUCACUCAUUCACUUUCACCGACUAUUGUAAACUAUCAAAUUCAGAUUGGAAGCUGAUGUGAAUUCUACUGUUCCAUCAUGAAAAAGAGGAAAUUUACUUUAUCACGUGAGAGAGAAAUUUAUCGAAAUCAUGUGAGAGAAAUAUCACUUGUCAUUCCCUAUUCGGUAAAUUCUGCAUUCGAUAUAGAUUUCCAUUUUUAUAACUCUUCUCAACAACCUAGACGCCAUGUUGAAAAUUACCCAUAUGACCCUGGGGACGAGGUUGUCUUCUCAUCCUCUCUACCCUGUGAUAGCAAGAGUAAAAAUUCUCGUCGCUGACAUCAAAUCCUGUCCCCCUUUACUUAUUCGCAGUGGCAAUAUGCCUGACAUUUGAAAAAGGUCCCAAAUGGACUAAAUGCCCGACAGUUUUCCAUUUUUUUCCAAACAACCCCUUAAAUUGUCGACCUGGUGAGUUAGAGGUAUUCUAUAUUUGUUGAAAAAGGGCAAACAAACCUCAAUUGAGCUUUGUUGUCGUUAUUGGAUGUUUUUCGUCGUCUAUGUACACUAUAGAAUCGUAAUUUUAGUGUCACUAAAGAAUUUUAUUCAACAUGCUGCAAAAUGUCGGCAGCUUUGUUGUCGAAAGUGAUUUUUUUUCCCUUGCAUAUACGUUUUUUUGCAUACGCAUUUUUUUUGCUACAAUAACACGGUCAGGUAAUGUGCUUAUAGUGUAUACAAGCAAAACACUUUCUUUUUCGACAACAAAGCUCGAUUCAGAUUCCCUUGCCCUUUCUAAACAAAUAUAUAAUACUUUGAGCUCACAAUGUUGACAAUUUAUCUUGAUAUUUUAGCAAAUUGAGAGCUGUCGAGUUUUAGCAGCAUAUUGUAGAAAAUUCCAAAGUGCCACUAAAAUUACGAUUCUACGGUGUACAUAGUAAACAGAAAACGCUUUAUAUCAAAAACAAAUUGGUAUUAAUAUAAUUUUAUGAGCUGCCGGUGACUGCGUGUUUCAUGGUUUUUACGGCUCAUAGCCAAAGAAUAGAUUGCUUUUACAAUAGCUUUAUAUACAUUUAAGGGUCAAGCAAACUUAAUAGAUUUUUCAAGAGUGUAAGGAACAUAUAUAAUGGUGCUUUGGAAGAAUAUUUUAUUUGUCAUUUAUCCUGGAUGUCAUGAAAAUGGUCCAAGUUUUAGGCUACUAGCAUGGGAGGGAAGUUUAAUCGAUCGAUCUCUAAGGGUAUGUCUAAAGGAGGUUGAUCUGAACUCUGUUCUAAAAAAUGGAAAUAGUGUGCUAUUCCAAAUUCAAAGAGUGUAAAAUGGAAAUAAUUUCCACAUCAAGCCCAUGUCUAGGCCAAAUAUAAAACUGAGAAAAAGCUUCAUACUAUUUGACUGGCACUCUGUUUCUAGUGCGACUUAGGGUGUGGCUACAUUUUAUAUGAACAUCAUCCUCAAUUACCAAUAACCAGAUAGGAAGCUACGAAGAAGCGGACCUGUUCCAGUCUUGCUCGGCCUCGGAACUUGAGGUCCUUGCGGAUGUUAUCUGGGACAUUCCUAGUUGAUAUGGGUUAGUUCGUCAUGUAAGACCUCAUGAAUGAGCUCUAUUUCCCUAACCCUAGCCCUAACCCUACAUGAAGUACUGACUUUGGUGUUUUGCAUGGACAAACUGACUCUUGGAUGUUAGUGAAAAGUUUGAGUAGCAAAUCCUUGUAAAGUUGAUUAAAUAAAAGCGAGUGGUACUA